AUGGUUGAUAUAAGACAAUUCUUUGGUGAUCCAAACUCCUCAAAGAAGUCGACUAUAAGACUCGCUAACUUUAUUAAGGCAAAAACUAGCACGACAAAGAGGGCAGUUGGAUCCAAACAGAAACACCAAGAUGUCGAUGAUUCCGAAGCAGAAAACCCCUCUAAAAGAGCAAAAAGGGAUACUGGUAGUCUGGUAAGUACUAAGAGCUCACCUACAAAGACUAAGAGAGGGAAGGUUGAGUAUGUUGAUCUUGAUUCAGAUUCUGAAAGUAACAAUCAUGACGAGCCGAUAGACGUUGAUACAGCGGACAAUCACUCUAAUUCUGCAGUUAAAAAGAGAAAAGUUUCAGAGAAAGCUUCGAGUGCUCAUAGGAAAGGUCCAAAGGAGCCAUCCCCGACAAUGGCUUCAAAAGACAAGAAAACUCAAUCGCAGGUAAAAGGAGCCUCAGCGGAUGAAAUUUUGGCAGAUAUUCCUGAUGCCGAUUUGCCAGAAGUAGGUGAAACGGAAGGGAAGUUUAAUUACUUCCAAUCGAAGGCUCAGGCCCCGCAACCUACGAAUAAUGAUGUUGAAAUUCCAGAAGCUGCCCCUAAUUGUUUAUCAGGAUUAACAAUUGUCUUUACUGGGGUUCUUCCCAAUAUGGAUAGGGAUACUUCAGAGAAUGUGGCUAAAAAAUAUGGGGCGAAAGUGACUAAAUCGAUUUCUGGAAAAACUUCUUUAGUAGUAAUCGGGGAAGACGCGGGACCUUCAAAGGUAAAAAAGAUCCAAUCUCUCAAAGUAAAAGCUGUCAAUGAAGACGGAUUUCUCGAGUUGUUAAGAAGAAUGCCAUCUGAAGGUGGCGACGGUGAAGCUGCUCUUAAGGCUAAAACAAAAAGAGAAGAAGAGGAAAGAAAAAUAAUGGAAGACGCAAAGGCUGAAGCAAAGAAAGAGAAAGAAGAGGAGUUGAAAAAACAAAAGGCUAACGAAAGUAAAUCAAGUAAUAGCUCUCCUGGUUCGCUGCAGAAAGAACGAGUUAUUCCUAAUGAUGAGAAGUUGUGGACAGUGAGGUAUGCACCAAAUAGUAUAACGCAGUUAUGUGGAAAUAAAGGUCAGGUUCAAAAGCUUCAAAGGUGGCUUGAAAAUUGGUUCGAUAACGCAAAACAAGGAUUCAAAAACCCUGGUCCAGAUGGCUCAGGCAUAUAUAGAGCAUGCUUAAUCAGCGGGCCACCAGGUAUUGGUAAAACAAGUGCUGCACACCUUGUGGCUCGGAAUCUAGGGUUUGAUGUGUUGGAAAAAAACGCUUCUGAUGUUAGAUCAAAAUCUUUGCUUAAUAGAGAUAUCAAAUCAGUAUUGAACAAUACAUCUGUUGUUGGCUUUUUCAAACACAGAGGUGAUGAGCAUCAUGGUCAUGAAAAUGACAAGAAAUUUUGUCUCAUUAUGGACGAAGUAGACGGUAUGUCAAGUGGUGAUCAUGGAGGAGCUGGUGCAUUAUCAUCAUUUUGUAAAAUAACACAUAUGCCAAUGAUUUUGAUAUGUAAUGAUAAAUCGUUACCUAAAAUGAGAACCUUUGAUAGAAAUACGUUCGAUUUGCCAUUUAGACGGCCAUCGGAAAAUGAAGUGAAGUCACGCUUAAUGACAAUAGCAUUAAGAGAGAAGAUCAAAUUGGAUCCUACUGUAAUUAGUCAGUUGAUACAAGCAACUCAUAACGACAUCAGACAAAUGAUAAACUUGUUGUCUACCGUUUCGAUGACUCAGAAGACGAUAGGACAUGCUCAAGCGAAAGAUAUAACUAAAAGUUGGAAUAAGCAAACUGUUUUGAAACCAUUUGAUAUCACGGCGCGUUUACUUAAUGGACAGUUAUAUAAUGCGAACGCUCAUCAUUCAUUAAAUGACAAGAUUGAUUUGUACUUCAAUGAUAUUGAUUUCACACCAUUAAUGAUUCAAGAGAAUUAUAUAGCCACGCGACCUGUUAACUGCAAUUCUCCUUUGGAUCAUUUAAAACGUGUUGCAAAUGCUGCAGAUGAUAUUUCUCAAUCGGAUCAAAUAAAUUCAUUGAUUAGGUCUAGUGAGCAACAAUGGAGUCUACUACCAUUCCAUGCUGUAAUGUCAUCAGUCAAGCCUUCAUCCGAAGUUGCGGGAACAGUUACGCAAAGAAUUAACUUCGCUAGUUGGUUGGGUCAAAAUUCAAAAGCUCUCAAAUACGAGCGUUAUUUGCAAGAGUUGCAGUAUCAUAUGAGGCUUAGAACAUCGUCGGAUAAACCAGAGUUACGAAUGGGAUACAUUCCUUUGUUAAUUGUAAAGUUGUCUCAGUAUUUGAUUCAUGACCAUGAAAAAGGCAUUGAUGAAGUCAUUCGUUUAAUGGAUGAUUAUUAUCUCACUAAAGAAGAUUUUGAUAAUAUCAUUGAUUUCGGAAUCGGUCCCUUAAAGAGUGAAACCACUCUUAAGAAAGUUCCGGCAAAGAUCAAGACUGCCUUCACUAGAAAAUAUAAUGCCGCCACUCAUCCUGUAGCUAUCUACAGAGCUGGAAGCACUGUGGGCUCAGGUACCUCGAAGAAGCAAAAAGUUGAUUUUGACGAUGUUAUUGAAGAUGAUACGUUGAGGGAUGACGAUGAUGAAAUUGAUCAGGAUUCUGACAAGAUUGAUACUAAGAAAGAUAAACUAAUCAAAGAGGUGAAGCCCAAAAAGGUGCCGAAAAAGAAAGCUAAAGCACUGAAGUGA